ACACCACUCGCACUACUGACCCACAAUAAAACCCUAUCUCCGCCCUUCUCUCUCACCCUCCUCCGCCUCUUUCUCUCUCAUUGUUGCCGGAAACAAUGCCCAGCAGCAAGAGGAAGUCGCGUGCUUCUCUCAAGGACGCUGAUUUAGCUUCACCUACUUCGGAGAAGAGGCCGAAGAGUGAGGAAGAGGAAAAAGGAGAGAUUUUGCCUAAUGCUGAUGCUGUUGAAGCUCCGGCAGUUAAUAAUGGAGAUUCCUCGGUAAGAAGUUCUGGUCGAAGAUCGGAGAACAAUAAGGAAGAAGCUGAGUUAAAUGACGACGAGGAGAGUCGAUUGGUCGGCGAUCCGAUCCCCGAUGAUGAAGCUCGACAGCGAUGGCCUCACCGAUACCUGGGAAAAAAUAAUACUAGAACGACCGAGAGUAUGGAAACCCCAAAAGGGACUGAGCCUCAAAAAGAGCUUAUUCAAGCUAGACGACACUUCACUGAAGCACUUGUGGAUGGUUGUAUACCUUUUAAACUCGGAGAUGAUGGAUAUGUCCAGGCUGGUGAGGGUGAGGAAAGUUAUAUCUGUAGAAUUGUGGAAUUGUUUGAAGGAGUGGAUGGUGCACCUUAUUUUUAUGCUCAAUGGUUUUAUAGGGCCAAGGAUACAAUUAUUCAGGCCUGCUCUAACCUUAUUGACGAUAAACGUGUCUUCCUUUCUGAAAUAAAGGAUGACAAUCCUCUUGAUUGUCUUUUGCAGAAGCUUAAAAUAGUGCGGGUUCCUUUGGAUGUUGAUGUGGCUAGUAAGAGGGCUAUGCUUUUAGAUGGAAACUAUUAUUAUGAUAUGUUGUAUUUGGUGCCAUAUUCAACUUACCAAAACUUACCACUUGAUAAUGAGGCAGAUGGAAAUGAGUCUGAAUCAACCAUAUCUUCUGAGUCUGAUUCUAAUGCAGCUGUUACCGAGACCUCCAAAAUUCAAGAAGACGAUAAGUCUGAGAUGAGGAUGCUAGACCUCUACUCAGGAUGUGGUGCGAUGUCUACGGGGCUUUGCUUGGGUGCUAAUAUGGCAGAUGUUAAUCUUGUCACGAGAUGGGCUGUUGAUUUGAAUAGAUAUGCAUGCGAAAGCUUGAAGCUGAAUCAUCCAGAGACAGAGGUGAGGAAUGAAUCGGCAGAAGAUUUUCUGUGGUUGCUUAAGGAGUGGCAUAAGCUUUGCCAGUCCUUUUCCUUAGUUGGUGGUGGUGAUUCACAGCUCAGUGGGGAUCCUAUGAUUGUAAAAGAAGAUGAAACAGAAGAUGCUGUUGAUGACGAUGAUGACAAUGAUGGACUUGAUGAGGAAGUAUUUGAAGUUGAUAAAAUUUUGUCUAUUUGUUAUGGUGAUCCAAAGGGACUCAAGAAGCCAGGGUUGUACCUUAAGAUCCGUUGGAAAAAUUAUGGUCCUGCAGAAGAUACCUGGGAGCCUAUAGAUGGCUUGGGUGACUGUCAGGAGAAGAUAAAGCAGUUUGUUGUAAAUGGCUUCAAAUCAAAGAUUUUGCCUUUACCUGGGGACGUGGAUGUAAUCUGUGGUGGCCCUCCUUGUCAGGGCAUAAGUGGAUUCAAUCGCUACAGGAAUAAAGACAAGCCAUUAGAGGAUGAAAAAAAUAAACAGCUUGUUGUCUACAUGGACAUCGUAGAAUAUUUAAAACCAAGGUUUGCAUUGAUGGAAAAUGUUGUAGAUAUAGUAAAGUUUGCGAAAGGGUUCCUCGGGAGAUAUGCUCUGGGUCGCCUUGUUUCUAUGAACUAUCAAGUACGCAUAGGUUUGAUGACAGCAGGUUCUUAUGGACUCCCACAGUUUCGCAUGCGGAUGUUUAUGUGGGGUGCCAGGCCCAGUGAGAAGCUACCACAAUACCCAUUACCCACACAUAAUGUUGUUGCGAGGGGGGUGUCUCCUGUGGAAUUUGAGUCAAAUGCUGUUGUUUAUGAUGAAGUCAGUGGAAUCGAAUUGGAAAAAGAACUAUUUCUCGGUGAUGCAAUUUCUGAUCUUCCACCUGUGGCAAAUGAUGAGGAAAGAGAUGAAAUCCCCUAUCAAGAGAUGCCCAAGACAGAAUUCCAGAAGUUUAUACGACUCAAGAAGGAAGAUAUGCCUGGGUUCUCAAUGGUGGGUGUAGAGUCUUCAGACCAUCCUUUGUAUGAUCAUCGUCCAUAUAAAUUAAAUGAUGAUGAUUACCUACGUGUCUGCCAAAUUCCUAAGAGAAAGGGUGCAAAUUUCAGGGACUUAAAGGGUGUUCAGGUCCGAGAUGACAACCAUGUUGAAUGGGAUCCUGAUGUGGAGAGGGUAUAUUUACCUUCAGGAAAGCCGUUGGUUCCUGAUUAUGCCAUGACUUUUGUCGAUGGACGAUCAUCAAAACCAUUUGGCCGGCUAUGGUGGGAUGAAAUCGUACCUACAGUUGUCACCAGGGCAGAACCACACAAUCAGGCAAUUCUCCAUCCCCUUCAAGAUAGAGUGCUGACAAUUCGUGAAAAUGCAAGGCUUCAAGGUUUCCCCGACUACUAUAAACUUGUUGGCCCUAUCAAAGAAAGAUACACUCAAGUUGGAAAUGCAGUAGCGGUUCCAGUUGCACGAGCAUUAGGGUACUCGCUAGCUAUGUCAUGCAAAGGUACUGCUAGCGAAGGACCUGUUUUCAGAUUGCCAGAGAGGUUUCCAAAUAUAGAAGCAGUUCCGGUUGCAGUAGCGGUAGAGGAAAAUCAAUAAUUGGUAGGUAUUUAUUAUUACAAUAGUUGUCAAAACCAUAAAUGAUUCAUCAUUUAAAACAUGGAGAUUAUUUAUGCAUUGUGCCAAACCAUAUAUGGAAGGGCUGCUAGUUUACAAGUCAACUGUAUUAUUUUGAUUAACAUCUUUCUGUAAUGCUAAAUGCUAAUGAAUACCCUGAUUAUAU